UAUGCGUAUUCUUCUAUUCUUUGUGCAUCAUUUGCGGUAAAAUAGGAGUUAUUUUUUUAAGCUUUUAAAAUGAAAAAAAAUGUGUUUUUAAGUUUUUUUAAAUUAUUUAUUUUAAAGACGAUACUUUGUUUCACGGCCGGGGAUUUCAUUUCGUUUAUGUUCCAGUUUUUGCCACGCUUCAAUGGUGACGUCAUCAUAGGUAGAUAAUAACAGGUUUGCGAUGAAGAAGCUUCUUAUCAUUAAGAGAAGUUUUUUUCACGGUCGAUUUAGUUGGUAUUUUCAGGAUUACUUAAAAUUAAAAAGCUUACGAGGACAACACUAAAGGGAGGGAUGGAGGAAAAUACCGUUACUAAACGGAGGGACGGAGGAAAACUAUUUUAACCGCAAAUAAGUGGAGAGAAUGAGGAAAACUAUUGUAUUUUCACACUAUAGUCUAUGGUGCUGUACUGCUGUGAAGAUAAAUGUCCACUCCUUUACAGCGGACUGGCCUUCUAUCAACAUGCAGGAACACCAGUGACAGAUGCCAGUGUCCCCCGUCCCAGCGUCCCUCAACCAUUCCUUCUUUCCUCCACUUACUUCUUUUUCUUCUUUGUAGUAACGAUAUUUUAUCUCCCACCCUCCUUUUAGUUUCUCCCACUUCCGAUCACAAAGUUAAUGUGAUUGAUAAUUAUAAUCUAUUUUUGAUGUUAAAAGACAUAAAAAAAUAUAUAUAAUAUAAGUUUUUCGGUCAGCAAUAAGUGUAUUAAUUUUGAAAUAUAUAAUGAUGAUAUUUAAUGUACAGGUCAAAAACAAAUUGUUGUAACGAUUUCUGGUUCAAUAAAAUGACAUCGUUGCUUGAGAGAAAAUGGACUUCAGUGCUUAAUCAGCCAAUACACCAUGUUCUGAAUGUUGUUUUUAUUGCUGUACAUGGAGCUGUAGUGAUGUGGCGCAUUCUAAAGCUGGUUGUAAUGUAUUUACUAUCGCACCAAAUAAAAAUUCCAACUUUAAGAAAUACCUCCGCAGAAACCAUGCAAGCUGAUGGAAGAAAACUUACUAAAACCCCUCUCCAUUUAAUUAUAAUAAUUGGAGAAAAGGAGUACAACUGUGACAGUAUUGUGGAUAUGUUGGUUUGGUCAUUUUUUAUUGGAAUUCGUUAUGUUACCAUUUCAAGUAAAAGCAUAAAACUAAGGAACCAGUGCCAAAUGAGAUUUGAGGAACGAUGCUUGAAAUUAUCAUCAACUAUUAUUACCUCCAAGACAAAGUUUCAUUCAGAUUAUAUGUUCGCUACCGGAAACCAGGAUUUUAAUGUGGUUUUUACAGCUUUAAAAAAUAGCAAAGCGGAAUUUAUGAAUGUAUGUAAAGAAAUUUGCACAAGCAAAACUAGAAGUUCCGUUAUUAAACUUGAUUCCAUUGACCAUUUGGUGAAGGAGAAUACUGGAAAUAUAUUGGAGCCUGAUCUGGGACUUUGUUUUGGACCUUACUACUCUUACUAUAGUUGUCAACCAUGGAACAUUAGACUUACUGAAUUUUUUCACCUUCCCACGCAUCAAAAAAUAAAAUAUUGUAAUUUUCUUGCAUCACUGCAUAGGUUUGCUGCGUGUAAACAACGUGUGGGUGUGUGAACAAUCUUAUAUAAAAGAACAUAAGUUUAUUUAGCUAAAAGCAAACAUAAUUUAGACAAAUUUAAAACUCUUUCUUAUUUGCUUAUCAAAGUUGUUUCACUAUUGAGCAUUAAUUUCAUAUUUUAUGUUAAAAUUGUUUUGUUGAUUUUUUUUCGGAAACUGCGUUUAGCAAAUAUUUGUUAAAUUAUAUCCUGGUAAAUUUUAAAAUCAAUUUUCUCAACGUUAUUGUAUGUUACUCCCAUGCAAAUAAUUAGAACAUUUUUUAUUUUUCUAAUUACACCAGUUAAGCAUACAGCAUUUUAUUUGUUGUAUGCUUAAGGGUUGUUUAUUAUAUCAACUGUAUAUCUAUUAUUCUAUCUGAAUCAUUUUUAAAAUCCGAAACAACUAACAAAACUGGUAUCUUUUCUAAUCCCUACGAUGAGAAACCUUGAAAGCUUUAAAUCAUGAAAGCUUUAAAAUUUACAAAUGUUAUUGUUGCAUAUUGUUUGGUCAUAUUUAAAGCAGUCUAGAGAAGCUGAGUACUUUUUGCCGAAUUCCAACGUAAAUUUUACUUAAUGCAUUUAUAG